AUGUCUCUCUAUCGCUACUUCGUCCGCCUCCGCGACCGCCUCGAGCUCAUCCUGCUACACUACGUCGACAAAGACCCGUACGCAAAGUCGGAUUUCGCAGCAUACAAAAUUGAGCGCGACGAGAAAUGGGCGGCAAAGGACGGGUCUGCGAAAGUCGCUCCGACGACUGUCAUAGCAGGACCCGAGACAGCCAACGCCGCGGCCGACGAAGACGCUUCUAUCCUGCCUCACACGACGACAACCAUGUCAGAGACUCUGAGUCUCAAGGGCAAGGGGAAGGAAACGGAGGUUUUCCCGGGCUUCGAUUUUGGACUGGCAGAAACUACCGCCGAACCACGCGAUGCGGCGGGCGACAAGACACCUCCUGAUACCGAGCAUGAGGCCAAGGACUUUGUCCACGAGAAAGGUACUGUGAACGGUACACGGCCGCGCGACGUCUCGAAGGCGAGCAUCCUGUCCUCCAUCGUCGAUUCCGGCGACGCGAGACGACGCAAGCGGGCGAAGUCUGAUUCCAAGCCGGGAUACUUCGAUCCUAACCCGUUUACCGGGGAGGAAGAGAGGGGGGAGACGGUCGCGGAGAUUCAGGGCAAGGGCGAUGAGCUGGUUAUGAAUAUUCCCAUUGAGCUGCAGAACCGAAAUAGGUAG